AAUUAAUGAAGCCCUGCUUGGCUCCAUCAGGCCCAAUUCCGCGCUCCAGGGCUCCCUCAAACGACAUGAUGUAAACGUGCCAGACGUCGACGCUAAUGAGCCAAUGCGGGCGUAGUAGGGCAAGGCUGCGGUACGUAUCCCGACAGUCCAGGUGACAGCGACUCUAGGUGCUGUAUCUCCGCAGCCCGACCCUGAGCGCCUUCCCGCCUACACGUUACUAGUUGCAGCCCUAUUGCUGAUGACGACGGAGCUGCUAGUGCUCAUAUACGGUACGAUGAGAGCCAAGCCGACGCAUGCUCGGUGUGACACGGGCGUGGAGAGGGCUGCGGUAGGGGCAAUGUCGUCAUUCGAACGAGCACAAAAGCACCUCUUUCUGCCGGCUCCGCCCUUGGCGCAGCGUCGUGGGCAGGCAGCCUUCCAAUUGGCCGGGCGUUUGACACGGCCAGGUCAGACACGGGGCCAACCGUUCGGAUCUCAGCGUCAUCUUGCAUGUGCCCAAGUCAGACUUCACGCACAUCUUCCCGCGCCUGACCCUUGCAACGCCUUCCACCACUUCAGCGCGCCACCCAAACUUUCAAGUCACCGUCCACCACACGAGUAUGCCCGAUUUCGACGCCUGCAGCAUGGCGCUGGACUUGUCGAGGGUUUUGCAAGAGCCGACGCCGAUGUGUAUCUGCCAGCGGGUGCAUCUGUCUCCGCCGUGGCGAUCCAGUCAAUCAACGCGACGGGGGCUGCCAUCUCACCGCUCUGGUCGCAACGCUCGUGAAUGGCUGAGUUGUGCACCAAAGGGCCGCCUUGCAGCACCGCUCCCUUGACCUUCUCCGCCCUCCUGCAGGGCUGCGAAUGCUUGAAGCCGUUAACUGCGCACCCUGCAGUUAUGGCUCGCUUGUCGAAUUCCUCGGUGUACAGUACCGUCGUAUCGAUGCUUGCCAC